GAAGUUGCCGUAAAUCAAGCUUACCCGUUGGAUCCAGAUCCUGCCAGGCCAGCAAUAACAAAUAACAAUCCCACCACCGUAUCAAUCAAUAAUUCAUCAUAAUUUCAAGAUCUCGAUCUCUAACCGCCAUAAAUUCACAAAUUCAUAUUCAUUUUGACUCAAUCCUCUUAUUCAAGCCUAUUAUCUUCAACAAAAAUCCAACAGAUUGACUUCGAUUCGGCAUGGAAACGCCUACAACCACCGCAACGGACCACCGUACCAACCGCAACAAACUUAUGUCAUCCUCCUUCCGCCUCCGAUCACCGUCGCUGAACUCCGUGCGCCUCCGCCGGAUCUUCGAUCUAUUUGAUACGAAUCACGAUGAAGUCAUAACUGUUGAUGAACUCAGCCGUGCGUUAAUCCUUCUCGGCCUGGAUACAAACAUGAAUGAACUAGAUGUACUAAUCAAAACGUUUAUUCAAGACGGAAACACCGGUCUCACAUUUGUUGAUUUUCAGGCACUGCAUAAGGAGAUUGACGAUCUGUUUUUUCGUCUGGAUGAUAUCGACGAAGACGACGUUUUGAACGAUUACGAUGAAGAUAGCAAAAACGACGUCGUUGGAGGACAAGAAGAGGCGGAUUUGACGGAGGCGUUUAAGGUGUUUGAUGAAGACGGAGAUGGAUUCAUAUCGGCGACGGAGUUGCAAAGGGUGUUAGUGAAGUUAGGGUUUGCGGAAGGGAAUGAGAUACGGAGAGUGGAGAUGAUGAUCUCGUCCGUUGAUCGGAAUCAUGAUGGACGUGUGGAUUUUAUGGAGUUUAAGGAGAUGAUGCGGAAUGUCAUUGCUUUUAAGUGAUUUUGUUUGUCGGGUUCGUCGUCUUCCGGUUGUGUAUAACGGUUUUUUCCGGCGAGUGUAAUGAAUGGAUUACAUUCGCCGGAGGAUUGUAUCUGGCAUUCUAUUCCGGAUAUUGAAGCGAUUGGAAUUUAAGAACAUAUUCAAAUUGUAUUGUCAAACGUUUAUUCGUUAAUUUUAGAAUAAAAUUAGGUAUUUUAGACA